AUGCCUGGAAGACACCACAACGUUGCUCUAGCCAUCCCGGCUCCCAAGGAGGUGUACAAUGCAUAUGUUUAUGCAGUGGCGCUAGUGGCAUCGAUGGGAGCCUUUAUUUUUGGUUACGAUCUUGCAUUCAUUGGCACCACCAUCACGCUCAAACCCUUCCUCAAGGACUUUGGAUUGACGCACGCUUCGGCGAGCGCUAAAGAUGCCUUUUCGGCCAACAUUGUUUCUCUAUUGCAGGCAGGCUGCUUCUUCGGAUCCUUGGCUGUCGCACCUCUUGGAGAUCGCUUUGGACGCAAGCCUGCUUUGAUGGUUGCUGGCGUGGUCUUCUGUGCUGGAUCUUUGAUGCAGACCGUCAGCUUUGGCCAUGUAGCAGCCAUGUACGUUGGCCGUGCCAUUGGCGGUCNNUUUGGACUCGUGCCCCUCUACGUCGCCGAACUCUCUCCCCCAGCCAUAAGAGGUAGACUUGUCGGUAUCUAUGAGAUCAGCGUACAGACCGGUACAUGCAUUGGUUUCUGGAUCUGCUAUGGCGUGCAACGCAACAUGGCAUCCACAUCUUCACAGUGGAUCUUGCCUUUUGCCAUUCAACUCAUCCCUGGUGUUCUCCUGAUCAUUGGCAUGUUUUUCGUCCCCGAGAGCCCAAGAUGGCUGGCGCAACACAAGUCACGCGAGACUGCAGCACACACCCUUUGUAAGCUUCGUGGUCUGCCCGAGGACCAUGAGUACCUCCAGGAAGAGCUCACCCACAUCAUGGACACUGUCAACGAGCAGCUGGAAAGUCCACAUGAUCAGGGCUUGAUCUCUCAGUUCAAGGAGCUUCGCGUCCCCAGCAACCGCAGACGUAUCCUCGUUGGUUUCUUCAUCUUCGUCUUCAUGCAGUUUGCCGGUUCCAACGCCAUCAACUACUACUCUCCGCGCAUCUUCAAGUCCAUCGGUCUCAAGGGACAAUCCACCGGUCUCUACGCCACUGGUAUCUACGGUAUCGUCAGACUCGUCUGUGUCAUCAUCGCCAUGUACUACGUUGUCGACCGCUUCGGACGCAGAAAGAUGCUCAUGGGCGGAGCAGCCGUCAUGGCCACCGCCAUGUGGUUCAUCGGCGCAUACAUCAAGAUUGCCAACCCGGCACAACACGCAGUCGGACUCUCCGCAGGCGGCUACGCAGCAGUCACCUUCAUCUACAUCUUCGCCGUUGGUUUCUGCUUCUCCUACGCUGGUGUGCCAUGGAUUUACUGUGCUGAAAUCUUCCCUCUUCGCAUCAGAGGUCUGGGAAUGGCUCUUUGCACCGCCACGCACUGGUUGUUCAACUUUGUCAUUGCGCGAUCGGUGCCGUACAUGAUUUCGAACAUUGGCUUCGGCACUUACUUUGUCUUUGCCUCUUGCACGACCGUCUCGAUCAUCUUUGUCUACUUCUGCGUGCCAGAGACUAAGGGUCUGUCUCUUGAGGAGAUUGACGUUGUGUUUGGUGGAGAGUUUACCAGCGGGCUCGAGGGUGCCGCUUUGGAAGAGGUCAAGAUUGGCGAGGAAGCCACACAUGUCGAGUACAUCCAGAAGUCGUGA